AGCCCAUUGGGGUUUAUUCGGAUUCACCAGUCCACCAUUUUUCUCGCCCAUUUUUGCACUUUCCUAGCCACCAAACACAUCAAAAAUCUCCAGUCACCUGAUCGAAAUCUGUUUAGUGUUUCGUCGGCAAGAUUUAAUUUUCGAGUGUUUUUUUGGUUGGCGUACGACGUUCAAAUUCAAGGUUGUGCAAGCUCUAAAGUGAGCUAGUUUACAGUCAUGGCCUCCGAAGAGCCAAGGGACCCGUUCAAAGGGGUGGAUUGGAAAGCUGUUGGCAAUGACAUGCAGAAGGACCCCGGUGUUAAACCGGGGAUUAAGAAGCGGCUUCCCAGGAAGAUUAGGCAGAUUCCGGAUUGCUAUUUUCUUCCUCGAAGAUCCCUACCCUAUAACAUUGCAUUUUUUGGAGCGUGCAUUGCUGGUGGAAUUGGUGCUGGCAUGCUGUUGGAGGUCUGGAUAAACAAGAAAGUUAGAGAGGAUGGAGGCGUUGUAUGGGAGUUCGACAAAAAAUAGCCUUAGAUGGAUGGAAUUGUGAAUGUGACGGCAUUAAAAAUGCCCCACCUUCUUUCUGUGCCUCUUCUCUCUUUCGGAGUUUGCUUAACGAGUCGUAGGCUGUAAAGACAUCGGAAUUCGGUUUCUACACUGAUCGGCUGACGUUUGCUUGACAUUUUUGUGUCAUGCUAAUGAGCAUACGAUGUUGUUCUCACAUCUUCUUACGGUUUGUUUUACACAAUGUUCUGCAUACAAUGAUUCAGAUUUAUAUAACGUUGAAUGAACCGAGGGGCAAUAUACUUGGGCCUGAAAUGGGCCGAGUCUUAGGUUUGUUUGAUGCUGUACACCCCCAAGCACUAGGCGGAAAGCCGUGUGUGAGUUUGUGCCAUGUUUUGGGCUAUGAUUCUGUAAGCAUUCGCUCGUGUACUAGUUGAUUUAGCAACACAAUCUCAAUUUGAUUAAGCGAUUCUGAGUUCAAAA